ACCAAUAAAAAUAAAUAAUCGAACUCUGGUAUACUUGAAACAUCUAGCAAUUCAACUUCACAUAUUUCACUCCAUAUUUCCCAAUACAAGUGCAUUAGAGCAAUACAUAGAGAAGAAAUAUGUUGGGAGAGGAGAUGAACAGCUUCAUCAAGGUAUGGUUAGCAGUUUUCACAUCUCUAUGUUAUUGCCAUGCCAUGGGUAAGAUGGUUCCAAAAGGUCCCAAAAGACUCAUUUUCCUACUCCCCAUUGUCUGCCUAUUUCUCUACCUCCCUCUCAAUCUAUACUCGCCCCAUUUAGGGGGUCUUACAGCCUUUUUCAUUGCUUGGCUUGGUAACUUCAAGCUCUUAUUAUUUGCUUUCGACAAGGGUCCUUUAAACACACGUAUUUCUCUCCCACUUUUUAUGGCUCUGGCUUGCCUACCUAUCAAGAUUCAACAAGAUCCAAUUAAGGAAAACCCAUCAUCAAAAUCACAAGGAAAAUCCAAGGAAGGUACUGUCAACUAUGUUAUUAAGGGUUUGCUUUUGGCCAUUAUACUAUGGUCCUAUAACUUCAUUGAAUACAUACAUCCCAAUAUUAUCAAGCUCCUCUACGCUUUGCACAUAUACUUCUUCCUUGAAAUCUUCUUGGCUAUAGGGGCAGCCAUGGUUCGAUCCUUUUAUGGGGUGGAGCUGGAGCCACAAUUCAAUGAACCCUUCCUUUCAACUUCACUCCAAGACUUUUGGGGCAAAAGGUGGAACCUCAUGGUGGCUAGUAUCAUGCGCCCUACCGUAUACGAACCUACCCUAAGAUUUUCGUCAGUUGUGAUUGGCAGAAAGUGGGCUCCGGUACCGUCGGUUUUGUCAACGUUUGUAGUAUCGGGUGUGAUGCACGAGCUAGUGUUUUACUAUCUGAGGCGCGUGAGUCCCACAGGGGAAGUGAGCUGGUUUUUUAUUUUCCAUGGAAUUUGUUUAACACUUGAGAUUGGUUUGAAGAAGGCAUUAAGUGGGAAGUGUGGGUUGCCGGGGAUAGUAACGGGACCGUUGACAGUUGGGUUCGUGUUGGGCACGGGCGUUUGGCUGUUCAUUCCACAGUUCACGCGGUCAAAGUUGGAUGUUAGAGCGUUUGAAGAGUACGCUGAAAUUGGGGCGUUGUUGAAAAGUUAUUGUGAAAAAGUCUUAAACCAUAUCUUUUAUCACUUGUAAUAUUCAAAGUAAUAUUUGUGUUUCUAUUAUUAUUUUAUACAAGAUUGUAAUUGUAUUUAUA